CCUGCAUUGUAUUUAGCCUGCCUUCACACCAGGUUAUUAAGUCUGCACUGCAUGACAUUGUAUCUACCAGGAUGAAAGUUUGGAUACAGCUGAUUGCUCUCAGCAGUAUUUUGUCAAUAGGUGCUGAGGGUAUCAGUAACUGUCUUGCUCACCGCAUUGACCUUGUGCCGUGCAACUUCAGAAUCACAAAUACCCCUACUCCCGGCAUUGAUCAAUACGGCAUCUACACCACGCGCAUUGGGAAUGGUCCAGGCCCGACUCCGGGUCCUCCAGUAUGCAUAUGUGAUAUUCGUAGGAGAAACCACCAGAUUAAAGACGUGGAUACAAUAGGAGGUGAUUCAAGAGUUAAACUGAUCUACUCUCCAGGGAUAGAACUGGAGUCUCAAGUACCUUACGGGAAUCAACUUUACGUGCGGUACAACAUUGUGUGUCCGGAUGGAUACAACACUGCAUAUUUCAACAUCAUGUUUUUGGAUUUGGAGCCAGAAAACUGCUUUAAUCCAAACCUCAAUCAAAAUCAGUGUAGAGAUUACAUCAGAGUGACGAGGUUGGGUGGAUUAGGAGGUGUGACGGAAAGCUGUGGAUCUGAGGGGGGGCAAAACGUUGAACAAUUGGACAGUGGAAAUCUGGAAAUUCUGUUUCGAACGAGUGACACGGGGAGACAGUCUGGUUUCCGUGGUAUUGUUGUAUGUCUCGACUCCACGGGAGCUGUUCCUAGUGGUGGCACUGGAAGAAGAAGAAGAAGAGAUCUCGAAGAUUUUGAGAACGAUUGGAAAAGAAGACUGGAGACAUUGAAAAUGAUGAAGGAUAAAAAAAUUGGAAGAUUUCGAAGACAAGGAGCUGAGCUGAGAUUUGAGGACCUAACAAUUCCUUUUGGCACUACAUUGACGUUUGAGAACAGAGUUUUCACAAUUGAUGGGCAAAAUAUUGUGCGACGAAGCUUCAAUGAUGUCCUCUUUGUGCAUACGUUUGAUGGUGAUGGAGUAAUUGACGAGUUCAGAGAAACUGCUCCCACCUUCAGUGGCCCAGGUUUUCUUGUGGUUGUUGGAGAACAUGUUUACUUCGCAAUGUUCCUGAUUGAUCCCAGGGGCAUCCUUCCAGCCAAUGAAGACGAGAGACGUAUUAUUAAUCAACUGAGCACAUCUUUGUUCGACAACUUCAAUUUAGAAGAAGAUGUGGAACGAUUGUGUGACGAGCUACUAGAUCCACCGCCAAUCAAUUUUGAGGAGCUUCUGUCAGGCAUUGUAUUUCCCACCUCUCCCAUCACUGAGACUGAGCCUCCAGAAUGUCCGUCACCAGGGAACAUCACCCCUGACCUUUGCAACUUUACUGAUGCUGAUCUAUUCCUGGUGCUCAACAGUACAGAAGCUACCAACUUGGUCAUCAGGCAACUAGUCGACGUUAUCAUGGCCUGUACUGACCGAUCUCAACCUGGGAGGAUUGACAAUCUGCGUGCUACAUUGUCUCCACCCACGUCCACUCCUCCCCUCACGUCCACUCCUCCCCUCACAUCCACUCCUCCCCUUACGUCCACUCCUCCUCUCACGUCCACUCCUCCCCUCACGUCCACUCCUCCCCUCACGUCCACUCCUCCUCUCACGUCCACUCCUCCCCUUACGUCUACUCCUCCCCUUACAUCUACUCCUCCCCUCACGUCCACUCCUCCCCUUACAUCUACUCCUCCCCUCACGUCUACUCCUCUCCCCACGUCUACUCCUCCCCUCACAUCCACUCCUCCGUCAGAGGGCCUGAUGAUAUUUUGCUCAAUCACACCGGUUAAUGUGAGCGUUGGCGUAAUGUGUGCGUCUAAUCGGCUUGGAGAGGCUGAUGAAGUGAUUGUAAUAUCUGAAUGUUUUCUGGAUGGACUGGAGUCUAACUUCUGUCGGUACCCCAGGUUCACGAUUCCUCUGGUGGGAGCGGGCAUUAUGCUUGGAAGCCAUAGACUGGAUGUGACGUUUGUAGAUGGGUUUGGAUUUGAAAACACGGCAACGGUAACUUUUAUCACUCCAUUUGCUGUGACCUGUGACUUGUCGCUACCUCUAGAGGGCGGACAAGCGUCUGUCACCUGCAACUCCAACACCAAUGCUGACAUAUUCUCCACUAGCUGUAUCGUGGAUAGGUUUGAAGAGGAUCAGUUUUGUGGCUACCCUAAUUUCUCGUUUGAUACGACAGUAUACGAGCGAGGCAGCCACACGUUGAAUGUCGGGUUCAGUUCCUCGGGUCAGAUGUUUGCUGAGGUUUUACUGAACUUCACAGUAUGAACGUAUGAAGGAUAUUUGAACGAUGACCCUUCGCAGUAGUGAGACGAAUUGUAGAAUAAAUUACACAUGUUAACAGUCAUAUUCAUUGUGCCAUCAUUACGUAAUGUUAUGUUAAUGCUUCAUCAUCAUCAUAAUGCAACUAACUUGUUUACUGCUGUGUCUACUCACUUCCAUCUAUGGCUCUAUUAUAAGGAAUCAGUAUUACCCUAUGAAAA